AUGAUGGCUAGCUACCCCGAGCCCGAGGACGCCGCGGGGGCCCUGCUGGCCCCGGAGACCGGCCGCGCAGCCAAGGAGCCAGAGGCGCCGCCACCGCCGAGCCCCGGCAAGGGAGGAGGCGGCGGCUCUGGGACAGCCCCCGAGAAGCCGGACCCGGCUCAGAAGCCCCCGUACUCGUACGUGGCGCUCAUCGCCAUGGCGAUCCGCGAGAGCGCAGAGAAGAGGCUCACCCUGUCCGGUAUCUACCAGUACAUUAUCGCCAAGUUCCCGUUCUACGAGAAGAACAAGAAGGGCUGGCAGAAUAGCAUCCGCCACAAUCUCAGCCUCAACGAGUGCUUCAUCAAGGUGCCGCGCGAGGGCGGCGGCGAGCGCAAGGGCAACUACUGGACGCUGGACCCGGCCUGCGAGGACAUGUUCGAGAAGGGCAACUACCGGCGCCGCCGCCGCAUGAAGCGGCCAUUCCGGCCGCCGCCCGCGCACUUCCAGCCCGGCAAGGGGCUCUUUGGGGCCGGGGGCGCCGCGGGCGGCUGCGGCGUAGCGGGCGCCGGGGCCGACGGCUAUGGCUACCUGGCGCCUCCCAAGUACCUACAGUCCGGCUUCCUCAACAACUCCUGGCCGCUACCGCAGCCGCCUUCACCCAUGCCCUACGCCUCCUGCCAGAUGGCGGCGGCCGCUGCGGCGGCGGCCGCCGCCGCUGCCGCCGCGGGCCCGGGCAGCCCGGGAGCGGCCGCGGUGGUCAAGGGGCUGGCUGGCCCGGCCGCCUCAUAUGGGCCGUACUCACGCGUGCAGAGCAUGGCGCUGCCUCCCGGUGUGGUGAACUCGUACAACGGCCUUGGAGGCCCGCCGGCCGCGCCCCCGCCGCCGCCGCAUCCCCACUCACACCCGCAUGCACACCAUCUGCACGCGGCCGCCGCACCCCCGCCCGCCCCGCCGCACCACGGGGCCGCCGCACCGCCCCCAGGCCAGCUCAGCCCCGCCAGCCCUGCUACCGCCGCGCCCCCGGCGCCCGCGCCCACCAAUGCGCCGGGCCUGCAGUUCGCCUGCGCCCGGCAGCCCGAGCUCGCCAUGAUGCAUUGCUCUUACUGGGACCACGACAGCAAGACCGGCGCGCUGCACUCACGCCUCGAUCUCUGA